AUGAAGGCUAUUUACGUUUUAUUUUUGACACUACUAAGUGUCACCAUAGCUUCUGAUACUGUCACAUGUAAUUCAACUCAGAGCUGUCCUGAAGAUUCUCCUUGUUGCUCACAAUUUGGUGAGUGUGGAACUGGUGCCUACUGUUUGGGAGGGUGUGAUAUUAGGUACUCAUACAAUCUUACUGCCUGUAUGCCAAUGCCAAGAAUGGACGACUACUCAAAGACAUUUAAUUCAAAAAGCGAUGUUAAAGAGAUUGAACUGGCCAGUGAUUACUUGGGUAAUGCCACUGAAGCAGACUGGGUUUACACCGGUUGGGUUGAUUACUACAAUAGCUCAUUAUUGUUGCAAAUGCCUAACCACACUACUGGUACCGUUCUUUCGUCUACCAAGUACUUGUGGUACGGUAAAGUUUCUGCCAAAAUGAAGACAUCACACGGUGGUGGUGUCGUUACUGCAUUCAUUUUGUUCUCUGACGUGCAAGACGAGAUUGAUUACGAGUUUGUUGGUUAUAACUUGCAGUCAGCUGAGUCCAACUUUUAUGCGCAAGGUAUUUUAAACUAUACCAAUUCGCAAAACUCCACCGUCAAUGACACUUUUGAAUACUACCAUUUGUAUGAAAUGGACUGGCAUGAAGACCACAUCACUUGGUCAAUUGAUGGUAAAGAUGUUCGUACGUUGAAUAGGAACGAGACUUAUAACGAAACCACCAAAAGGCAUGACUUCCCUCAAACGCCAUCAAGAAUCCAGUUUUCCUUAUGGCCAGGAGGUGACACCUCCAAUGGUGUUGGUACUAUUGAAUGGGCUGGUGGUGAAAUUGACUGGGAUGCCGAAGAUAUCCAGAAAUACGGAUACUUUUACGCUCAUGUGAAAGAGAUUGACGUUCAAGUUUAUGACUUGCCAUCAAAUGUGAGUAUGAGCGGCAACUCUACCGAUUCCGAUGAUUACCAUGCAUUUUUAUAUGAUAGCACCGAUGGUGAUGACACGAAUAUUUAUUUAACAAACAAGAAAACCUGGUUAGGUAAUGAUGAUGCUACUGGGUUUGAUCCAGAUAAUGAUAGAGACACUCAAAACGAAAAUGAAACUACAACCAUUGUGAAAACGAGUGGGUCAUCAACUAUAACCAGUGUCCUGACCUCAACCAAAAAGGUGUCAGCUAAUGCGCCUGCACAAAAUACAGCAGCAGCAAACCAAGCAACUAACUCUGACCAGGCAACUACAACCUAUGAUCCAAGUGCUGGAGUCGGUGGAUUUGUUCAAAAUACAAAGGAGACUUCAUCAGCGGGCUCAUCGAGUAGCGGUGGUGCUGCGGGUAUGGGCCAGGAAGUGGGUAAAGGAGGCGUUUUGAUUGCAAUUGCGUUUGGAUUUAUUUCGUACUUUAUUUGA